UGCAACCGGCAGAUUCAGUUUACACAGGCGCAACAAUGGAUUUCAAACUUCUGCUUUUGACUGCGUACGUUUGUGGAGCGAGUGCGUUCAGAAAUGCAUUCGAUACGGACUUAUAUGAGAGUGUCAUUGAUGAUGUUCAGUGCAGGGAACAGCUCGAUUAUUUGGGAAACAGCUCGCUAGGUCUGCGUUUCCUAGAUGCCAGUGCUAAGAUCCCUUCAGGAAUCGUGUCGGGCAACAUCAAUGAUCUCGGAGACUACUACCAAUGUCUGGCCAUAGACCAGACAGAAUCAGCCAUGCAGUUUCAAGGCAAAUACUGCACUGUCAUCAUGCCUAUGGACCAAGCACCAAUACAAAUUCCAGAAUGGCCUGACAUACCAGAUCUGAAUAUAACCCUCCCGGAGAAUAUCACAUGGCCUGAGUUACCCGAGUGGCCGACGCCUGAUAGUGAAUUUAUGAUGAAUUUAGAGAAAAUGAUACAGUUGCAGAAGUUUUCGAGAACGUUAGCAGGAGUUGGACGAGAGGAAUCAGUGGCAAAUGAAAAUGCAGAAGGAAGAAUAUUCCCCAUGCUGAUCUCGACGUUUGGAUCGACCCUAGCGUUCUGUAUACCCAAGGUGUGCAGCACGAGACAGGCGGUCGACUUCAUACAACAACGACUCAUCUUCCUUAACUUCACCUACAAUGAAUACUAUUGUCGUCUCCCUAACGAUAAACCGUUUGCGCCCGCUGACUACACUGCUUUUGCAAUUUUCGGCGUCAUCGCAAUCUUGCUGGUCUUAAGUACUGCAUAUGAUCUCUCCUGCGUCUUUUAUUUGGAGACAGAGCCGAAUCCCCUAUACCGCUGCUUCUCCGUCUACACAAACACGCGUAGAUUCCUCACGUUCAACUCCCCGCCUGGAGCCCUGGAGUGCGUGGACGGCAUCAGAGCCAUCUCCAUGGCCUGGGUCGUCGUCGGCCACACGUACUCUAUGACUCUGCUGGGAUUCCUUCACAAUGCUCCGGAUAUUCUUUUGUGGAUGCGUCAGUUCUCCAGCACCUGGGUGAACGCAGCCCCCAUCACCGUCGAUACAUUCUUCCUGCUCAGCGGCAUCUUAGCUGUUUACAGUACUAUUGGCAAGAUCAGUCGAAGUCGUUUUAUCAGAAGCAUCCACUUGUUCUACAUCAACCGCCUCCUGAGGAUGUUCCCGCUCCUGGCCGCUGUAAUCUUGCUCCAGGCCUCGGUCCUUAAUCACGUGUCAGAUGGUCCUUUCUGGCAGAACACAGCUCAGGCCACUGAGAACUGUAGGAAGUAUUGGUGGUCUGCACUGCUGCAUGUCCAGAAUUAUGUCAAUACUCUUAAUCUGUGCUUAGCUCAGACCUGGUACCUCUCAGUGGACAUGCAACUGUACUACGUGUGCCCGAUCAUCAUGUUCUGGAUGUUCGGCUCCAGGAAGCUGGCAUGGGUAGCCGUGGCUUUCAUCUUACUGGUUUCUCUUGUAUUGUCUUCAGUCAUCAGUUUUAUGAAUGACUUCUCAGCAGCUCUCGUACAUCCGGGACGAAUGGGAGAAUUCCAAGACUAUAUUCGAGUCUACUACAUCAACACUUUAACGAGAGCUCCUCCUUUCUUCGUGGGCAUGGUGUAUGGGUAUAUGCUGCACACGUGGCGGGACCAGAAGAUUCGAAUUGCGAAGAUAAACGUCUACCUCCUCUGGAUUCUCUCUCUUUUGAUGAUGUCGUUCUGCAUCUUCACCAUCUACCCGGUGAUGCAGUUAGACCACGACGCCCAGACCUUCGACAACUUCCUCAACGCGUACAUGAGGGCCAUUUGGGCUUGUGCUCUGGGUUGGCUUAUCUUUGCCUGUGUCAAAGGCUAUGGAGGUCCAAUAAAUUGGUUGCUGUCUCUGAGAAUGUGGAAGUUGCCUGCGCGCCUGUCGUUUGCGAUGUAUCUCAUCCAUCUGCCGCUGAUCAUGGUCGCCAACAGCAGCUGGUUGAAGACCCAUUACUUCACCAACGGCGAAACUAUGUACCGGUUCAUGUCAGACUUUUUGCUGACAUUUUUGGCUGCGUUCGUGUUGUGCAUUGCCAUAGACGCGCCCUUCUCAACCCUUCAAAAAUUCUUACUAGGAGGUAAAAAGAAAGCACCUCGCCCUCAGAAAACUGAAUCUAAGCAGGUCAUAUACGACAAUGAAGAUGUUAUCAAAACUUCUCUCUAAAUUGAAGAUAAAAAUUGUAAUGGUGAAUAUUUGUCUCAUAAUACUAAAGAGGAUUUGGGCAUUUAAAACUAGACUUUACCAAAUAUUCGAAUCUGGUGUUACAAGUAAUAAGUUUAAUAUGUUUGUGUGUGCGAAUGUCUGUCCGUGGCAUCAUAGCGGUCAAACCGAUUUUGAUCUAGUGUUUUUUUUUUUAUUUAAAAGAGAAUUUAAUCGAGAAUGGAAAUUAUAUGUAUUGGGAAUCUUUAGCUCUUUCGUAAGGAUAAGAGGAUGCCAGCGACUUUGAAGUCAAAUUCAAACUGUGGAUUGAUAAUUUACCUGUAAUGUCACAAGUGUUGCUGUGUCGACACACUUUAUUUAUUAAUUAGAGAUAAACAAUUAUUUAUUGUACGCCUAUUAGAUGUAAGUAGUGAAUUAAUUAGUCUUAACGUUACGAGGUAUGCGCACCUAAACUACAACAAUCUCCUUGUGUUGUUCAAUAAGAAUACAUUGUACAUAUAAUAUUCUAAUAUAAUGCUUCUGUAAAUAAAUUUUGUAUUUUUGUAAACGUU